AUGUUUGCUAAGAUUCUGGUAGAAGUCUGCAUUGACCAACAGUUCCCCUCCAUGAUUCAUUUCUUGAAUGAGAAGGGCACCAAAGUUGACCAACAAGUCUACUAUGACUGGCUACCUAUUAUGUGUACAGUGUGCAAGGGGAUGGGUCAUGAUCACUCCAAAUGCAACAAGAAAAACAGUACUGGGGGAAGGAAGGUGUGGGUUAAGAAAACUGUGCAAAGUAACCCAACCACCAAGGAUACAGAAGUAGUCAUUGGGCAAGUCCACCCUGUUAACACCGAGAGAAGUGGUCCAGUGGCAAGACAAGUUGAUUCAGAAGGUUUUGAGCAAGCUGCUAGAUUCAGCAAGAGCAAGGGGCAACAAUUGAAGCCAGUUGUUACUGGUAACUCUUUUAUGGCCCUUGAUUGUGAGGAUGAGGAGGAUGGAAGUGAGAAUGGUCACAUUGCAGAUGUGAGGCAUGAGAAACAGAAAGAAGUGAGAUACAUGAUUCAAUCUCACAACAUUAAGCUGUUCAGUCUCCUUGAAACAAGGGAAAAGGCUUCCAAAAUGGGUAGUAUAUACCUUAACUUGUGUCCUAAUUGGUGUUUUACCACAAACCCGAGUUUCCAUAAUAAUGGAAGGAUUAUCUUAGCUUGGGAUCCUGAUGCUUUCACAGUGAACAUUAUUCACAUGGGCAGUCAACUCAUUCAUUGUAUGAUCACACCUAGAACCUUUGGAGACCAGUUUUUUGCUUCUUUUGUUUAUGGUAUGAACACUCCUUUGGAGAGAGAGGAGCUUUGGUCCUCUCUUGCAGCUCUCACCAGCAACACUGCUUGGAUUAUAAUGGGUGACUUCAAUGCCAUUAUGAAUAUGGAGGACAGAGUGGGAGCAGCUGUCAGAACUGCUGACAUUAUGCCCAUGAGACAAUGUAUGGCAAGAUGCAAGCUCACUGAAGUUAAAACCAUGGGUAGACACUUUACUUGGACCAAUAAGCAAGAAGGGGUUGAUAGAGUUUUCUCUAGGAUUGACAGAGUUCUAGCCAAUGAAGCUUGGGGGGACUUGUUUGAUGGUGCUGAAGCUACUUUCCUUCCUGAGGGAACCUUUGACCAUUGCCCAAUGAUCUUGACUACUUUUCUGUCCCAACAAUAG